UCGACCCAGCCUGACUCUACCUGAGUGCCGUACCGAUGUGCACAUGGCUGACCCUUCGGAAUUACGAGAAAAUAACCUCAAAUGUCACAAAAAUACAAACAAAUUGUUUUGAACUCAAGUAAGAAAGUACUAGAAAAAAAAAAAACAUUUUUAUAAUGAAGGCUCGGAAGUGGGAGGAGUUAGAAGUAACUUUAAGUGAACCUGUUUUAAAAACACUUAAAAAUCUAAACUUUCACGCGAUGACUCCAAUCCAGGCGGCUUGUAUACCCUUUCUUUUGAAAGGAAAAGACGUUGCUGCAGAAGCUGUAACAGGUAGUGGCAAGACAUUGGCUUUUUUAGUUCCAAUGCUAGAAAUGUUGCAGAAAAGAUCAGAAAAAUGGAAAAUAGUGGAAAUAGGCUCGAUCAUCAUUUCCCCAACAAGAGAAUUAGCAACGCAAAUCAGCGAUGUAUUAUCUGACUUUCUUAAAGAAAUCCCGAGUCUGAAACAAAUUCUUCUUGUAGGAGGUACCACUGUCAAAGAAGACGUAGAAAGUCUAAAAAAAGGCGCAAACAUUAUCAUUUGUACUCCCGGGAGGUUAGAAGAUUUACUAACGCAUUGCAAAGAAGUGAAUCUAGUUGCGAGUGUAAAGUCUUUGGAAUUGCUUGUCCUUGAUGAAGCUGAUAGGCUUCUCGACUUGGGAUUCUCAGUUACCAUAAAUACUAUACUGAGUUUUCUACCACGGCUCAGAAGAACUGGAUUGUUCUCUGCCACUCAAACGAAAGAACUACAACAAUUGAUUAGAGCCGGCUUGAGAAAUCCAACCUUUGUGACUGUGAAAGAAAAAGCGAGUAUAUCUACUCCUGCAAAUCUGAGCAACAAUUACGCAAUUGUCAGUUCGGAAGAUAAACUCGGAACUGUGGUGGAAUUCAUCAAGAAAGAAGGGUUCAACAAGAAGUAUAUGCUUUUCUUCUCCACUUGUGCGUGUGUCGACUAUUUCAGCAAUGUUCUCAAAACACUUAUGCCCAUCUUCAAAAUUUUGGCACUGCACGGGAAAAUGAAGAGCAAAAGAUACAAAAUCUUUGAAGAGUUUCGUAAAAUUGAAAAUGGCUUGCUAGUAUGCACUGAUCUAAUGGCUCGAGGAAUCGAUAUACCGGAAGUCGAUUGGGUUUUACAGUAUGAUCCACCCUCCACAGCAAGUAGUUUUGUACACAGAUGUGGAAGAACUGCACGAAUAGGAAACGAAGGAAAUGCACUUCUAUUCCUUCUUCAAUCGGAAGACGCCUACAUACACUUCAUUAAAAGAAAUCAGAAAGUAGAUCUAAAAGAAAUAAAAUUAGAAGUUUCUUCCUCGUUCGCAGGACAAUGUUUAAAGUCAAUGAGAAUUAUGCAGCAAAGUGAUAGACUAAUGUUCGAUAAAGCUAACCGUGCUUUCGUUUCGUAUAUACAAUCUUAUCAAAAACACGAGUGCAGACUCAUCCUACAGCUGAAAGAUCUGGAUUUAGGGAAAGUUGCGAUGAGCUUUGGCUUGCUAAAGAUGCCUCGUAUGCCGGAAUUAAAAGAUCAGGAUAUCUCGUCCUUCCGUCAAGAUGAUGUGAAUAUAAACACAAUAACUUACAAAGAUAAACAGAAGGAAGCGAGCAGACUCGAAAAACUGAAAGUCUUUAAAGCAACGGGUGUUUGGCCCAGUAAGAAAAAUCGGAAAAUGAAAAACACGGAGUCCUGGUCGGAGGUUAAGAAAAUGAAAUUGGAACGACAGGAAAAAAAGAAAUUUAAAAGGGAAAAGAAGAAAAAGAAGGCAGAAUUGCGAGGGGCAUCUAAACCUGUUAAAAAGAAGCGGAAAUCGAAGCCCAGUGAAGAAGACUUGGCAGAUCUGGCGGAUUUGGCUAAAGAUAUAGCGCUGAUUAAGAAAUUCAAGAAGAAAAAGAUAAGUGAAAAAGAAUUUGAUUCUGCAUUUGGAAUCGAUUCAUGAAAAAUAUGUAAAUAUUCAUAGACUUUUUUGUAUUCUUAGCUUUAUCUGUUUCUACAGAUUAAUUUUUUUCAUGCUAAUUAACAAUGUUCACCAAUAAGACUUUAAUAAAAGCAAUGUAAAUAGUUUAAUUAUG